AUGGCAGAUAUUAGCGAAUGUGCGGCCCGGCUGGCCUACCAGCCUGAAGCCCGCUAUCCUGAGAACCCUUUCUUCAAAGGCCCUGAAGCACCCUGCCGUUUUGAGGCUGAGAUUUACAACUGCAUGGUUCGAGGAGAAAUUCCUCCUCAGAUUGAUGGCACCUAUUAUCGAGUCAUGCCGGAUGCGUUGUGGGCUCCAUUGUACGACGACGACGUGUUUAUCAACGGUGAUGGAGCUGUUGAUGCCGUGCGUAUCAAAAAUGGGCACGCAGACUUCAAGCAGAAGUUUGUGCGGACGGAGAAGUUCACAAUCGAACGCGCCGCCAGGAGUGCGGUAUACGGCAAGUAUAGGAAUCGGUAUACUGACGAUCCGCGAGUCCGGGCGCGCUGCCAUGCGACUGCCAAUACACACGUGGUAUACUUUGAGAAUCAAUUAUUGGCACUAAAGGAGGAUUCGCUACCAUACGCAAUGAACCCAGAUACUCUAGAGACUAAGGGCAAGUUCAAUCACGAAUCUGAGUCGACAAUUUCUGACUUUUACAACUUAGGUGCUUACAACUUUCACGGACAAUACACAUCACCCACCUUCACGGCUCAUCCUAAAGUCGACCCUCACACAGGUGAGAUGAUUACUAUGGGUUACGAAGCAAAAGGAGAUGCCACGACGGACGUGGCAUAUUUCUUGUUUGACAAGAACGGACGAAAACUCGAGGAGUGCUGGUUUCAAACCCCGUUCGCGGGUAUGAUGCAUGACAUGGCUGCGACCGACAAAUACGUCGUAUUCAUUCUUACUCCAUUGACUAGUGUGUCCCUCGACCUAUUGAAGGAGGGUCAUAAACACUUCGCGUGGUCCGAGGAAAAGCCUCUGACCUUCGGGGUUUUACCGCGUCGGAACCCCAAGCCAGAAGACAUCAAAUGGUUCCAUUACAAGAAUGCAUUCUAUGGCCACACCGGCAACGCCUUCGACGGUGAUGAUGGCUGUGUCUACUUGGAUGCUCCAUUGACUUAUCAUAACAAGUUUUGGUUUUUCCCACCGAUCGGCCAGAACAUGCACACAGCUCCAAGCGCAAAACCACCCAAGGACAGCACCAUCAGCCACUACGUGCGAUGGAAAUUCGACCUUAAUUCCACCAACCCCUCUGUCGAGCCACAGGAAUUGGUGAACUUGGAUGGGGAGAUGCCCAAAGUUGAUGCAAGAUACGAGACCAAACCAUAUAGCCACCUGUUCCUUGCUAUGCACGACCCGAACUCCCAUGAACCUGCUAUUGGAGGGGCGUAUAACUCUAUUGCGAAAUGCUCGAUCGAGACUGGCAAGUAUGAGUACUGGUCAGCUGGGAAGUCUACAGCCCUGCAUGAAGUUGCAUUUGUUCCCAGGUCAUGGGAUGCGAACAGAAGGGACAAACUUCUCACCGAGAUAAUAAUUCUAGACACUGCCAAGAUUGCUGGAGGCCCAAUUGCUAUUAUCGAACUCCCGUUCAGGCUUAGAGCUGGGAUCCAUGGCAGCUGGGUGAUGGGCGAAAACCUGCCUCAAGAGCAGGACUUCUGUGAUAUGCACGGAAUCAGUGAAGAGAUUAAGAGGGAAUUUGGAACCCCAUCUUCUGAAACGAAUGGCGCCAGCCGUGAAAGAACCAAUGGUAGUGUCUGA